AUGAGUCUAGAAGUAUGGGCUACAGUUACUGGGCUGUCAGCAGUCAAGCUCAAGAGCUGGGUCACAGAGACCGUUCUGCCAACUCUGCCGGUGUUGCUCGAUUGGCUCCGCGUCCCCAAGAACGACGGGAAGACUGGCGGGUUCACGCGCGACGAUGUUGCUGACCCUAUGAGCGCCGACAUGGCUUUCAUUAAGCAAUCAGUCAAGAAGUUCAUCAACAGGGAUCAGUUAACAGCCACGACGGUCUGGGCACAUACGGCCUUCAUUUUCCGCGGACAUUUGAGGGAUAUUACAGCGUGCGCCACACACUUCGACACCCUAGAAGAGUGGAACCGUGGCGCUUUCGACUUCAAUGAGUUUCUCUCCAAGAACAUGGGCGACACCCGCGGUGUUGAAGAUGGGUUUGGCGGAUCGCGUGAUGCCACCUGCAUCCCGGGAAAGUUCCUCUCCGUCCUCCAAGAUUUGGACGCACCACUGGACGCCCCUGCUACUGCAACCACGAAUGUCGGUCUGCCAGUCUAG